UUACGUUAACGGUUCAGCGUGCGUCGGAGUCGCAAGCGCAGUUAUCACAAACAACAGCAGCCGCAUCCGUCGCCGCAGCAGUAGCAGCAGCGUCUUUUUUCAUCAAGCAGCAAAUUCACACAAAACGAAAUGCACUUGUGCAGUUGCUAGAAACGAGAAGAUCGGAAAAUUGCCAGUGUGUGCUUUAUACUUAUAGCGGUACUUAAUGCGUCGCCCCGUAUAGCUUGUUUGUGUGCGUGGUGUAAACAAAGUUUUGAUAAGAAAUGAGUGGACGACAAAAUGUUUUGAUAAAACAGACAGCAGCAACAACGACAAUUUAAACAGCCAUGAAUUUACGGUGAUACAUGCAACUACCACAAGUAGAAGAGUAACACCUGUAAACAGCAAACAAGGGAAAACGUUUGCAGUGUAAAUAGAAAAUCACAAUAAUAGUAGCUAAAAAUUCGUCGACACUUAAGUCGCCAAGCAAAAUGGAUAAAUAAUAAUUGCAAAGUUAACGCAAACUACUAAAUUCUUAUCGCCAUUUGCUCGCCUAAAGUCUGCAGUGUAAACGAUUCGCGUAGUUUGUUGUUGUUUGUCGGCAUUCGGCAUUCGCUGUGUCAAAUCUUCGUCUCCUUGAUGUGUGUGUGUGCCGCAGUGUAUUUGUGUGCAAACAAGUUUUGCGCAAAAGUGCGUCCAAGUAACAAGUGUUGCAGCCAGCAGCAACGACUACCAUAACAACAACUUCAAGAGCUCCAAGCAACUGCAACUGUGGAACACCCAUUCAAAAUUAUGUGCAAUUAAAAAAUUUAUUACAAAAUAGCACAAAUCAAUUAAAAAAAAAAGUUUGCGCUUUAAUAUUCCAGAAAAAUUAUGUGCAUCAAUUUGCUAAAAGAAUAAUAAAAAAUACACAAAACUUAAAUAUAAUAUAAAUAGGUGUCAAAAUAUUUGUUAUCUGAAUCAUUAUCUUUUUGUACGUGCGUGUGUUAAAAUGCUGUAAAGUGUAGCUCAAGUAAAAGCCAAGCCAAUUGUCAUGCAGAAAUACCUCUAAUCAAAUCAAUAUUAAAAUCAAAAUAUUCAAAAUAUAUAUACUAGCAUCGCGAGUGUGAAUCAAAAAAUUUCAAAACAAUUUCUCGUCGUUUAUUAUUAACGACAGAAAGUCGCAAAGGGUGAACGCGGUAGCGUACUCAAUAUUGGUUUUAUUUUGUACCCUAAAGAGAAACCAGGACGGCUUCAUCACGGAGUCUUUGGAGUUUUUUUCCACUGAGGACGACGAUCUCGAGAUGGAUAUUUUACCGAGUGGGAAUAUAUUCAACGAACUGGAGCGCAUUUGCACAACUGGCUAUUUCUCAUCGCAGCCAUCGAUUGAGGAUCAAUGGCAACAGACCUGCUAUGAACUGGAGCGCUAUUUGCGCGACGAGCCUAAGCUGCAGAGCUAUAAAAAGAUGCACACUGAUCUGGAUACAGCCUGGGACAUAUUUUCAACGCCCGCACGGCUACUGGAGGAACUGAAAAUAAAAGAGAGUCUGGAUACGAUAUCGACGACCUCGUCGGUGUCGUCAAACUGCUCAGGCAUAUCGUGGGACAGCAAUGGUUCACAGGCGCUUAGCUGUGCAGUGUUAGUAAAGCAGGAGCGCAUCGACGAGGAUGACGAGGAAGCAACACAUAGACUAUCUUGUAAUGAGAAAUUGGACGUGCUAUUUGCAGCGCCGCCCUCAGCCAUAUCGCCCAAUCCAAGUAUCAGCAGCGCCGGAAAUAUGACGCCUACCAGCAAUAGCAAUAGCAAUUGCUCAAGCAGCAAUAGUAGCGUUAACAUAAGCAGCAGCAGCAGCAGCAGUAACUGCAAUACUAUCACUCUGAGCUCAAGUAGCAGUACUGCGCCGGGUAUUAAAGUGCGGGUGGUACAGGCCAAGACUCAGCGGCAUUAUCAUUUAGGUCAGGGUCAUGUGCAUGACUUUGUGCUUCCCCCGUUAACACCGCCCUCAUCACCUGAGUCUAACCUUCGCAGCCAUAACUAUGCACAGCCGCCACAUCAGCAACUCCAGCAACUCCGGCCGCAGCAGAUCGAUGCCAGUGAGCUGGCGGCGAUCCUUAAGCAGCAGCAACAACGCCAGCAGCAGCAGCAGACUUCAGCAGCAGCAGCAAGUUCCACACCCGCGUCCGCCGUUCUGCAUUUCAGCAGCCAAACGCUCGGCACCAAAAAUUCCUCAUUGACGCAAGCCACAACGUUGCAGCUGCAACAGCAACAGCAGCAGUUGGCAGUGCAACAUUUAAGCAUAUCGCCUCAGGGGCUAAGCAAAACUAGCAGUAGCAACAGCAACUCGGCAAGCAGCAACCACAAUAACAUUAGCAACAGCAACAGUAACAGCAGCACAGAUCAGUCCUCGAGUAACCACCAUAACAACAUUCCGCGCAGUACAAUCGUGCGACUGACCACAGCCAAUGGAACACCUGGAGCCGCUGGCAUAAGCCUAGCACGUGUCAUACAAAUGCAAAACAAUGGCAAUGCUAAUGUUGCUGCCGUGCUCAGCGCCGCCGCCGCCAACAAUGCUAACAGUAACAACAACAGCAGCACCAAUCCUGGUACAACAACAUCCAUGCAGCAGCAGCAAUCGGCUUCACAACAUCAGCAGCAGCAGACACCACAAAUAGUUGCCGUGGUUACGUCGCUUCCUGAAAAAUCAACAACUGCUUCCACCAAAAAUCAUCACCCGCGCCAGCAUCAUAGCGAUCACAGUCCGGAUGCCAAACGACGCAUACACAAGUGCCAAUUUCUGGGCUGCAAAAAGGUCUACACGAAGAGUUCACAUCUGAAGGCACACCAAAGAACCCAUACAGGUGAGAAGCCAUACAAAUGCUCUUGGGAUGGCUGCGAAUGGCGUUUCGCUAGGAGCGACGAGCUAACGCGUCACUAUCGCAAACACACUGGAGCCAAGCCCUUUAAGUGCCGCAGUUGCGAUCGCUGCUUCUCACGCUCUGAUCACCUGGCACUCCACAUGAAGCGCCAUAUGUGAGGUGAAAUCUAAAUGGAAGUGCAACUGUGUGUGCCAUCACAAGCUGCUAUAGCGCUUAUUAAUCAAAACUCACAUAACAGCACAAGCAACUAAAAAUGAUUUAAGAACUUCAAAUUCGAUAUAAAUUUGUAUGUCCGUUGCUGUUAGUGCUUUUAUCGUCUUAUUCCAUUUCAUUAUCGUUUCGCUUCCAUAUCUUUUUGGUUUGAUUUCAUUUUAUCGUUUAAGCAUUUAACAAUAUAACUUCCAUAUGCAUUUAAACUGUUGACAUAAAAUAUUUACCAAAGCAAAAUAAUUUUUUUCAGUAAAGCAUCAAGAAA